CUAUAGCGAAAUAUAGGUGUUUCCUCUGGAAAAUAACACGAACCGGAAAAAUGCAUCAGGUCAAGGACAGUUGAACGAAAGAUAAUGGCUUCUUCAAAUGGAAAUGGAGAGAUUCCAAAAAGCAUUAAGUUCUUAUUCGGAGGCACAGCAGGAUGUGCCGCUACACUUUUUGUGCAGCCUUUAGAUCUGGUGAAAAAUCGAAUGCAGCUUAGUGGUGAAGGAGGUAAAGCAAGAGAACACAAAACAAGUUUUCACGCUCUAAGAGCUAUCUUGAAAAAUGAAGGUGUCACAGGAAUAUACACAGGGCUGUCAGCUGGGCUUCUUAGACAAGCAACAUACACUACAACUAGACUAGGGGUAUACACAACCCUAUUUGAUAAAUUUAAAGGAAAAGAUGGCAGUCCACCAGGUUUCUUUACCAAGGCUGGGAUAGGUGUCACAGCUGGAGCCAUAGGUGCAUUUGUAGGAACUCCUGCUGAAAUCUCUCUUAUACGAAUGACUGCAGAUGGUAGACUACCAGCUGCUGAGAGACGUAACUACACUAGUGCUUUCAAUGCUUUAAGUAGGAUCACCUCAGAGGAGGGCAUACUUACAUUAUGGAGGGGGGCUGGCCCCACUAUGGUACGUGCUAUGGUAGUAAAUGCUGCUCAACUUGCUUCAUACUCACAAGCAAAACAAACUCUGAAAUCUACAGGUUACUUUGGUGAUAAUAUUUUCCUCCAUUUCUGUGCCAGUAUGAUAAGUGGUUUAGUAACAACUGCAGCCUCAAUGCCCGUAGAUAUAGCUAAAACCAGGAUUCAGAAUAUGAAGAUGAUAGAUGGAAAACCUGAAUACAGAGGUGCUCUGGAUGUUGUUUAUAAGACCAUGCGGAAUGAAGGCUUCUUCAGCUUAUGGAAAGGCUUCACUCCUUACUAUGCCAGGCUAGGCCCACACACAGUGUUAACAUUCAUUUUCCUUGAGCAAAUGAAUAAGUCGUAUGCUAAAUAUGUUUUGAAGGACGAUAGUGCAGGAGGUGGUUUAUAAUGCUGGCAGUAUUUAGCGCAAUUACUAAGUUAUGACAUUGUAUCAUUUAUGGGAAUGUACAGUGCUUUUAAGCUUCAAGGAUUGGAUUUUAUUGUGGAAGAUUGGAUCAAAUUUGUGUUGCAGUAAAAUUAAUAAAGAUAUCAAAGAAUAAAAAUAUUUUGGAACAGUUGGUUCUCUUUGGAAUGUUUAGCUUUGGGUUGGAACAUUUUUAGUUCAGUUCACUUGUUAAUUGUGUACAUUUGAAUCAUUUAAUGAACAAACUAAAAAGCAGAACUGAAUUCAGGACGCAAUGCCCUACCGUCUUGUCGUGCUGCAAGUUUCAGUAGAUGAAAAGAUAAGAUAGUUGUGUUGCAGAACCAAACCAAAGUACAAUUUCUUUGUUUUAUGUUCCAAACCAAGGGUCUAAGCUCUGUACAUAGCAAAUCAGAACAAAUUCAGGUAUCCAUAACACCUGUAUUCAUCAUAAUGCUUCCCUCUCAAGAGAUUUAAAAGAAUGAAUUUGGCAGAAAUGACAACCGUGUAAUUAAAUU